AUGAAUACAAUUCAAGAACCAAAUAUAAUAUUUGGCACUGGAAAUCUGUUGCAUUUCCCUGGCCCAAUAGCCCAUUGCGUCUCGAGUGACUUCCAGAUGGGCGCCGGAAUAGCACAGCAGAUCCGCGAGGCCUACCCGACUCUACAGCCCACGUUGAAGUCGAUCGAAACACCACAAGUCGGAGCUUCAGUAUCAAUGAGCAUUCCUUCUCAAAACAAAUCAAUAUUCAAUCUAGUGACGAAAUCGCAAUAUUUCAAAAAGCCGUCUUAUUAUGAUUUUACACGCAGCCUCCGCUGCAUGAGGAAGCAGCUAAUCGAACAAGGAAUCAAACAAAUUGCGAUUCCGAAGAUAUGUUGUGGUCUCGAUAAAUUACGAGAAAAUUCAGUUUUCAACAUCAUUUACGAUAUCUUCCGAAAAGGCGACAUAAAAGUCUUCGUCUAUGUCUAA